AUGGCUUCUUCUCUAGUUCAGAAACAAAAAAUCAUGUUCUUAGUUCUAUUAAUCUGCGUGUUGUUUUCGUACGGUAACGCCAAUUGGUACGGUACCGGCAUGACUAAUUACGGUAACCCAGAUUCUAUUGACCCGAACGGUAACGUAAUUAAUCCGUUGAAGAAGUGCGGAUUCGACAAGAUGUACCUACUCGGCGGGUCCCUUUCCGACACCGGGAAUUUGAUCAGCGAAACCGUCGGCUCUACUUUGCCCUUCGGUAAACAACCGUACUCGCACGGCCGCUCCUCUAACGGCUUGUUGAUCACCGAUAAUUUUGCGUACGAGGCUGGGAUUAAUCCGAUUCCUGAUACCUACAAGGAUUUGAACUUAUAUUAUAACAAAGGAGUAAACUUCGCCGUGGCGGGGUCCACAGCUUUGCCGGCGGAAUUAUUAGCGACGAAGUACAUGAUUUCGUCUCCGGUGACAAAUAGUUCUCUCAAUGUCCAAUUGGAUUGGAUGUCCGACUAUUUCAACUCCGCUACGUGUCUCAAUGAUAAUGUAUCGGCAGGUUGUACCGACAGAUACAACAAGGCGAUUUUCUUCGUCGGAGAAAUCGGUGGAUCCGAUUACCAGUACGCUAUCUUGCAAGGAAAAUUAACCAUGGAUCAGUUAACAGAUAUGGUGCCUGAUGUUGUUGCUGCUGUCAUCAAUGCUACAAGGGGAGUACUUAAUUUGGGAGCUAGAAGAGUGGUGGUUCCCGGAAUAUUCCCGAUUGGCUGUCUCCCGAUUUACAAAACGCUUUUCCAAAGCAACGUCUCGACAAACUACGACGAAAAUCAAUGCCUCAAUCAAUUCAACGAUCUAGCGAAGAACCACAACGAACAACUGCAAGAAGGCAUCAACGGUCUCAUGCGAGAGAAUCCAAAUGCCGUACUAGUUUACGGAGAUUACUACCAAGCUUAUAAACACCUCCACCGAAUCGCCACACUGAACGGUGCGUAAUUAAUUAAUUCUCAAUCGAACAUGAAUAUAAAUAUAUAUAAAUAAUCAACACGUUCUUCUAAAUUAUUGAAUAUAAUUAUAUCAUUAUAAUUACGUUUUAAUUUGUCGAUUAUAUUGAUUGAAUGCAGAUUUCGACACGGAAAGAGCUUGUUGUGGAAUCGGGGGCGACUACAACUUCAACGUAACGACAAUGUGUGGUCACGGCGGCGUGAAUAAUUUUAUGGGUCGAAAUAGGUACAUUAGCUGGGACGGGAUUAAUUUGACGAGAAUCGGAAACAAGAUUAUGGCUAAUUGGUUGAUCCGGAAAAUCGUACCACAGCUUCAAUGUCAAUCCUGAAGGCCUGCAAUUAAUUAAGCUUUGAUCUUAUAAGUACAAUGCUUAGAAAUUUUGUAGUUUCUUGUAGUAAUUUGUUCAAUUGUUUUUUAGGAUUUAUUAC